AUGGUCCCAGAUGUAGUUGUGGAAACGGAGGCUAGGGCGCCUGAGCCGGCCCCUACAUUUGAUGCUCCGAAAGAAGAUCAGCUAGAUGUUAUCCCGUCGCUACCACCUGCGCAUGCGCAAUCAGAGAAGGGAGUGGAGAACAUGGAUAUAUGUACCCCUGAGUUGAAUACUUUAAAAGAUGAGGUGGUUUCCUGCAACAUAUCUCAGGUGAAUCCUGGUUCAAGCUUUGUCACCGGCCGUCCCCUGCAAGCUUCUUAUUGCUCGGAUGGAUUUUCAUGCGUGAUAUCUAUGCACGAUGGUGUCGUAAUGUACGCAACAUCAUCAUUGACGACUACUCUUGGUUUCCCCAAAGACAUGUGGAUUGGAAGAUCAUUCAUCGACUUCGUUCAUCCAAGGGAUCGCAACACCUUUGCAUCACAAAUCACGAAUGGUUUGGCCGUCCCUAAAAUUGUUAAUGGUACGCAAGAAAAAGUUCAAUCUCCAGCUAAUUCGGUGUCAACAAUGGUUUGUCGGAUACGGCGGUACAGAGGCCUCACUACAGGGUUCGGUGUUAAAGAGAGAGUCGUGGGGUUCAUGCCGUUCCUGCUCAAACUCACGUUCAAAAACAUAAGCGAUGAAGAGGGUAAAGUCAUCUACUUGGUUAUACAGGCGACACCAUUUUUCUCUGCGUUUAAAACGCCGAACGAGGUGGUGGUAAAAGCGGUGCCCUUUGUCAUAAGACAUGCGGCUAACGGCCACAUUGAAUAUGUGGAUCCUGAGUCUGUUCCGUACCUGGGGUACUUGCCUCAAGACCUCGCUGACAAGGACGCGCUGAUGCUGUACCAUCCUGAUGACUUGAUGUAUCUACGACAAGUGUAUGAUACCAUCGUCAAAGAAGGAGGUCUCCCUAGAUCUAAGGCUUAUCGUAUGAUUACACAAAACGGUGACUAUAUUCGGCUGGAAACGGAGUGGUCAUCGUUUAUCAAUCCUUGGUCUAAGAAAUUGGAAUUCGUUAUUGGAAAACAUCAUAUUUUAGAGGGCCCUACCAACCCAGACGUGUUUCAAUGUCCUGAGCCGGAAAAAUCAAUGAAAGUUCCCGAAGAAGAAAAAAACAAGGCACAAAUGCUGAGAGAGACCAUUAUUCGAACAAUGAAUGAGGCUCUGACUAAACCCGCGGAAAUAGCGAAGCAACAGAUGAGCAAGCGUUGUCAAGAUCUUGCUUCGUUCAUGGAGAGCUUAAUGGAGGAAGUGCCCAAGACUGAUGAGGAACUACGCUUAGAGAUUCACGAUCCUGAUCACAGCUAUUAUGAAAGGGACUCAGUGAUGCUUGGUGGGAUUUCCCCACACCAUGACUAUUAUGACAGCAAGUCUAGCACUGAGACUCCGUUGAGUUACAACCAAUUGAACUAUAAUGAAACGCUGCAUAGGUAUUUCGAUAGUCACCAACCUAUCUCCUAUGAGGACUACAACACGGUCACCGGCGAAAACAUUCUCGGACUGAAAGAUCCGAGACCACUCAUAAAUCAUUGCCUGUCUCCGAUGGCGCAGCAUUCGGGAGACUCUGGGGAAAUGACCUGUUCGUCUGAUUCCAACGGCAUGGUCAUGGGCAGUAACAGUCCCGUGAUGCCCCUCGGAGAUUACCAACCAAUACGUCUCACUGAGGCGUUGCUUAGCAAGCACAAUGCUGAGAUGGAAAAAGAGUUAAUGAAGAUGCAUAGAGAGACUCGUUCUAGCAGUAAAGGGGAUCGGGAGAAGAAUUCAAAUGAGACUAGGAAGAAGAAGAAGGAGCACUUGGCGCGUUGCAACGCGUCCUACCACCCUACUAGUGCUGGCGCUACUAAUACUGAGCAUCAGCAACCCCACGGUGUAAAGCGUACAUCUAAAAUGAUGGACGCUGAGGCUGGCGCUCACAAGCACCAUUGCCCGUCGCCGCGGCAGGCGCGUCGCAACAAACGCACGCUGUCUACCAACGCGGCCGUCGCCCAACCAUCUACCAGCGUUACCACUACCACUGUCGGUCAGUUGGCUACAGCAUCGAAUCAUUGGCCAACCCCUCCUGCAAACAAUAUGAACACGUUCAUCUUGGGCGUAGGGAUCCCUCAGCAGAUGUCUAUAAUGAGCCCCAUGCCUCAUCCUAUGCAGGCCAUGCACACAAUGCCGGCGGUGCCAGGCAUGUUCCCAAUGUACUACGCGCCGGCGGCAGCGCCGCAACCGAUGCCAACAAGCUCAGGGCAUCAUCACAUUCCUUCAAGCAGCCAGCAUCAGUUCCCUGCACCAAUGAUGAUGUACAGCCAGCCAAUGUACGGAGCUCCGUUCAUGUACUCGCCAAUGGCCCAACAAAUGUCUUACCCCAUGCAGCAAUCUCACAUGAUGGCACAGUCCAUGCAACAAUACACCAAUACCAUGAACCCUUUAGGGUUGACCAGUAGCAACUAUGAAGAGGCUUGUAAGCCCAGUUUAACAUUGAGGCCAGGCAAGGUGCAAGGCAGUGUGUGGCGCGACAAGAAAAGAGCAGAAUCUCAAGGCACAUCUUCAAAAACAGACAACGGCAGCGCAGAUAGUAACUCAUCUACGAAUGCGUUGAAUCGGGUGUCGGGGACGCAAAAAAGUCACAGUGGGAACGAGAAGUCUACGAUAUACUCGACUGACAUCAGAUCUUCAAACAGUAUGAGCGCUAAGAGCACAGAGGCUGUGCCGAACACUCCACCUUCAGCCAGGGAGAGUCGCCUCAGCAAGCUGAAUCGGCUGGGCAACAGCGAGGAGACCCCCGACAAGACUGAUGGAGAGUCUAGCUACUCGUCCUUCUACUCUUCCUUUUUUAAGACUGAGUCCGGUAGUGCCGAGGAUAGUGGUGACGGCAAGAAUGGCAAGGACAAGCAAGCUAGGAGCCCCAUAAAUCUGACAUCUUCAUACCAUGUAUCUCACCCAAUGAAGAAGGUUGCCAGGAGGAAAAUGGAUCCGCCAUGGUUGGAACAGGUAUGCGUGACAUCAGAGUUAGUCUACAAGUACCAAAUCCUUACCAAGUCUAUGGAGGAGACUUUGUCCUCUGACAAACAGAAGAUGAAAACUCUGGAACAGCCCUCUCUGGUGAACGAGCAGCUGAGUCAGUUGUACCUAGACCUUCAACUGGAAGGUGCCGCGGCGAGGCUGACCUUGGAGGAAGGUAUCACUAGUUCCAGUAGUUCCGGCGAGGAAACCACCACAGUUACAAAGCCUGCUUCUAACAGAGCUUCAACUUCUGGAAAAAGCGAAGGAAAGAGACACACGACUUCACGCAGGAAACGGGAGUACAGCAAGUUAGUUAUGAUUUACGAAGAGGAUGCGCCGUUGCCGCCGCCUGCUGAAGACGCCGUGGAAGGGGGUGAGGCAUCCAGCUCGUCCACUUGUUAA